CUCACCUUAAGAAGUCACAAGAGCCUAGCAGGAUCAGAGAAAACGGAGGAAGGAGCUAUCUCAAGAGGGGAGCUCGUCAGGAGGUGACAGCACCACCUACUGUUGGGAGUAUCCAUCCAAAGAAUCCGAGUCAGCCGCAGCUGUGCGCUCAAGCCACAACCCUUAGUUUCCGAAGACACCACAAUCCCCAUAGAGCGCCCUCCUACCACAGGCGACACUGAUUGGCUGCGUCUUCUCUUUCAUCGCGCAUGCUCACUGGCUGUGUGAAUGAUCCGUUCCUUCAGCCUCACCUGGGGAGCACUGCACAUGCGUCUUCCUUCUGAGAACCGCCAUUCUCCGCUUCCCGGUGCUGUUUCUGGUGGUGGCUCCAGGCGGCUUCGCUUUGCCUCUCUGUGAGCUUCGAUCGUUAGGGUCGUUACCGAGUUCUUAGGACAACCAGAUGCCUCACAGCUGGAAAAUGGUGUUGGUGUCAUUUGAAGACCUGGCUGUGGACUUCACCAAGGAGGAAUGGCAGAACAUGAAUCAUUCUCAGAGGACCCUAUACAGGGAUGUGAUGCUAGAAAUCUAUAGCAUCCUACUGUCCUUGGUUGCUAACAGAAAGGAUGACCUUAUCAAAACCAACCAGAAAAGUGAAGAAGUAAAUUUGAGGCAAGUUGUAAUUACAAAAGUAUCUCAACUCCCAACAGAGUUGAAUUCAGAAAAAAAAAAGGAAAAGAUUUAAUUUAACCUCAGGACAUAUUUGUAACCUGAUUAUAUAAAAGGAAAAUAGUUUAGGAAAGAAACCUGAAGUAUAUGACUUAUUGAAUGUUCUACUCUCUAGGGGACCUGAUGAAAUACCAGCUGGAGAGAAACCUCAUGGACCUAAUGUCACUGGAACUCACUCCAAUACUUGGAACAUCUUAGUCAACAUCACCAGAUUCAGAAUAUACAGCAGGCUUUUGAACACAGUGGCCAAGGGAAAUGCUAUAACAGGAAGAGACUAUCCUUUGAAUGUGAGAGGAUUUGUGUGGAACACACCUCUAAUAAAUCAACUGUCAUUUCAG